GCCGCUCUCAACGGUUUCGGUGCGGCGGCUCGAGUUCGGUAGUGAUUGGCGUCGGGGGCGUCCGUCAUGAGACCUCCCCAUACCUCCACUUUGGGAUACCGCUUCGUUGCAUCGGUGACGUCCUCUGCGUGGCUGCGAUGGGCUUGGUCGCGUCGGUUUGGCUCCAUCAGAGCUCUUCCAAAUCACAGGUCGAUGAAUGCUUUUUCGAGCGCCCCCUGUGACCUGCCGUCUGCGUAUCACGUCUGUCCUGGAAAAAGGUUACAAGUCAGCGACGAUUUCCGCGAACGCCAUCUAUGGCGUAUGCGAAUACCCCAUUUUCACAGCAGCACACACAAGGGCGUCUCUUCUCGUGAAGACUACCCAUACUUUCUCCAGCCGUGUUGUUGAACUUGUUGCACGGGUUUCGUCUGAUCGCCGCGUCUUCUGGAAUUCUCAGCCUCCCCGGUCCCUGUCGAACGGGCCGAGACGAAGCGUCAUCUCUACUCAUUUUCCCCCUCGGGCCCCUCUCCCUUCCUCUGCGGGGUCCGACACGAUGAACCGCUAUGGAAUUUGACUUCUGACUCUGCUACGGUACGGUAGCAUUGGAAUUCGCCACCAUUUGAUUUUCAGUCGAUUUUCUCAUUGUUUGCCAAUUACCAAGGUCGGGGUGUGGGCAGAAAAAGAAAAAACAGAAAAGAUGAGCGGCACGGCGGGUUUUCCGCUUGCCGGGUUUUGAAUGUAAGUCGUCCCCGGGGUCCUUGUCCUUGUGCCGGCCCGGUUCGCGUGACUUUCCCGACUUGUAGGUCAACGCCGUCCGGUCACAGAAGGGCUGCCCCCAAAUGGCAAAACUACAUACACAAUAAGGUACCAAUACCCACCCCCCUGUUUCCUUGUUGGCGAUCAUUACCGUGGCCGCUGCCAGGUGAGAGCCCGUUGUGAAGCUUUGUAUUUCUAAUCUGCUGGUUUUUGGGGGCCGUGUUAGAUUGUCAUCGUCGCUGGGACAGACGUAAAUCGGCUCGCAGACGUUGGCGCCCGCCACCCCCGCGAAUCCGGACCCGAAUUCUGGUCCGGCUUGACGUUAAGGAAAGUUUUUGGUAUCCUUGCUGCCCCAGGGCACAAGGCUUCGAACUUGGAGACAGCGUGGCAGCCCACCAGACGCAUGUUUUCGACAGCGUGGCUCACAGGGGUCUUGGCGGCUGUGCUUAGAGUUUCCAUGUUGCAACUCUAUUAGAGUUGUGGUUGUCUCUGAUAGCAAUCGUCGCAAGGUGUAAGUCAAGCUAGCUAUCGCGGCUAUUGUUGUGUUCUAGUGGGCUAAUUGAUAUCGAAGACUUGAUAGACUCCCAUGGUCUUGGCAAGGGGGCUUUGUCUUCCGAGUCUCCUUUCCCCUCGCCGGCUCACGAUAGUAAACAACUCUACUCUGUACGCGGCGAACAUUCGGCGGAUGCGAUGUGAUAUCCCCUGAAUUAUUCGGAUCUCGGCCACGUUGGGAAACUUUGCGGUCAACGGCGGACUGAUCGGAAGAUUGUGGAUAAUUAUUGUCUGUGAAACGGGCGUUUGGGGAGAAAGCGCAAUCUUGGACCAUUUCGGCCCCGGAUAUCGUUCAAGUUGACCGCUUCGAAGAGAAGACCGAGGCGCGCGCAGAGUUCGCAAUCGGCCUUCUCUUGGCCAGCCAAAUUGCCAUUGACAAAGUUGUCAGUGCGGUUCACUCUGGGGGGAAAACGAAGCACGCCAUCUUCCGUCUCGUGAUAUGAGGAUUGCUGCUCGUGCACCAUCACAGGCUAGAUGUCCAUCCUCGGCGCUGACGACGACACAAUUUGCAGAGUUGCAUGUUGAGUUUUGUUCACAAGGCGGGAAUGCUCGCUCUCGCAAAGGCUGCGAUCGGAUGCUGAAGAACCUGGACCGCGAUGGUGACAUUUCACCAGGCAUGCUCACCAUCGUGACUGGGGUUUGAGGAUCGCGGACCCCCUUUCUUGUCGAGGUCUAUACGCGCGAACCAACGAUCUAGAUUAUAGACCGUAGCCCCUUCUCACCUUAUCUGGAUGCCGUCCAGCUUUGGUGAAGGCACAUAGGAAACAGGGGACUUGAUCGUUCUAGAGAUAGGCAAGGGGGCCUCCAACAGCCAGAAUCUCUGUACUUGUGUGAAAUGCGAUAACCGUUAGGAGGUAGUCUAGACCGCGCUUAGGUCUGCCGAUAGCUAUGCGGGAGGUGCCUCCAGAGCAACAAAUACGAGAAAUAUGCUUAACUAUUUAGGAGCAGAAACUUCAGACAUGAUAUCCGCAGUCUUUUGCCCCUGAAGCACGAAGAAUACUCGAGACCCUUAUCACGAGCCGGUAAUGAAGGCAUUCGCAGAUUCGAGUGUCGAGCAGUCACCAUACUGCGCAUACAACUGCCGCGAAUAUCAUCCGAACGUGCCUGAUCGAUAACGUACCUGUGUCAAAGUGCCGGGGAGGGAACAGGCAUACGGAUAGUGUUGUUCGAAAUUCGACG